UUAUUAAUUAUUUUACGAAUUUUUUGCAUUAUUUAUCUCGGUUUUUAAAUCCUGGAGGAAUUAAAAAAUUCAUUAGUGGGCUGAUCAACGUCCUCGAAUUAGAGGACACCAAGGAGGUCGAUGAUUGGUUUGAUCUGUAUAGUAAAUUGAACGCGCAAACAUGGCGCAGAUGAUGAGGUGUAGAGUUAAUCUCUCUACUCUCAAAAACUCUUAUAAUUUAGUGUCACGAAUAGUUUUACCAGUUAAAUAUCAAAGAUCAUGUUUCCAUACAAGUUGGCUUUUAAAUGUCAAAGGAAAAGAAAUUCUUAUGCCUUCUUUAUCACCAACGAUGGAAACUGGCACCAUAGUAAAAUGGAUAAAAAAAGAAGGAGAUCCUAUACAACCAGGUGAUGCAUUGGCAGAUAUUCAAACUGAUAAAGCUGUUAUGACUUUUGAAAUAGAAGAGGAGAGUAUUCUGGCUAAAAUUAUUGUGCCUGAAGGAACUAAAGAUAUCAAAGUUGGAACACUCAUUGCUCUUUCUGUAGAACCUGAUGAAGACUGGAAAUCAGUCGAAAUGCCUGAUGGAGCUGGCGCAUCAACAUCUCCAGCAUCAUCAUCUGCAGCACCAGCUGAAAGUGCUGGUGUUAGUGCUGAAGCUGCUGAGCCUCCUCCUGGCCAGGUAAAUGUAGCAAUGCCAGCUCUUUCACCUACUAUGACAUCAGGAACAAUUGUGAAAUGGCUGAAAAAAGAAGGAGAUGAAAUUAAUCCAGGAGAUGCAGUUGCAGAAAUCCAAACUGAUAAAGCUGUGAUGACAUUUGAAAUGGAUGAAGAGGCUAUUCUAGCUAAACUUCUCGUUGAGGAAGGAGCUCAAGUAGAAGUUGGUCAGUUAAUAGCUGUGACCGUAGAAAAAGGAAUGGAUUGGAAAUCUGCAGUCAUUCCAACAGCAACCAAACCUGCAGCCAAAGCUUCAUCAAGUGCUGCAGCGCCUGCACCAGCAGCCAAGUCUUCAUCAGCUGCUCCUAGAGGAGGUCAACCUCCACCAAGUGGACAAGUGUAUGGUUUAGCUGUAAAACGACUUUUAGAAGAAUAUGGGCUUAGCUCCGGCUCUAUUAAAGGAACUGGACGUCCAAACCGAUUAUUAAAAAGUGAUGUUUUAAAUUAUAUUCAAACUAAUAAUAUUCAGCGAGUACCUCCAAAAUCAGCUGAUGAACCUUCGAAAACAGCUGUUGGUGCUCCAUCCCCAGCUUCAAAGGCUACAACACAAGCUAGAGCACCACCAAAAUCUGGUCCUUCAACAUAUAAAGAUCUUGAAGUAUCAAAUAUUCGAGCGGUUAUAGCCAAACGUCUAGGAGAAUCAAAAAGCGUAAUACCUCAUUCUUACGCGACUGUUGACAUAAAUAUUGACAAACUUAACGAAUUACGUGGUAAUCUCAAAGCGGAAAACGUUAAAGUGUCUGUGAAUGACUUCGUUACCAAAGCAGUAGCUCAUGCACUUCUUCAGUGCCCUGACGUCAAUACUCUAUACCAAAAUGGCCAAAUUGUACGAAUGCAAAAUAUUGAUGUAUCUGUCGCAGUUUCAACUCCUUCAGGUCUUAUUACUCCAAUUGUUUUUAAUACGACAGCAAAAAGUAUAACAGAAAUAUCAAAUGACGUGAAAACACUAGCUGGUAAAGCACGUGAGGGUACUCUUAAACCAAAUGAAUUUCAGGGUGGAACCUUUACAAUUUCGAAUCUUGGAAUGUUUGGAAUAAAAGAAUUUUCUGCUAUCAUAAACCCUCCUCAAACGGCUAUUCUCGCUGUUGGAACUGGUCGUGAUGUUUUAGAUACUACUCUCAGGAAGAAAUCGAUGAUGACGGCUACCUUAUCUUACGAUAGUAGAGCUAUUGAUGAAGACCAAGCAGCAAAUUUCUUAUCAAUCUUGAGAUCAAUGCUGGAAGAUCCAUCAUUUCUGGUGAUCAAUAAAGGCCAGCAGGCAAUGCGACAUAAACGUGAAUGAUCAAAUCGUUUACCGCUUCCAGUAAUCUCUGAAAUGACGUCAAGACAUGUCUCAUACUGCCAAGCUCACAAAGAAACUGUACAAAUAUAAUUUAAUAAGAAAAACUAUAAAAAGCUAGGAAUGCUUUUGAUGUUAUUGGAUGAAGUUGCUGAGGUGCUGGAGUUGAAUUCUCUAAUAAAAAAAUGAGUAGACUGGAUAAUUAAUUGUAAUAAAUUAUUAAAUGCGUAAAUUAAUUGAUUAGUACAAUUAAUUACGCUACUUGCAAAUUUAUAAAUAAAUAAAUACAAUUGUUGCUAUUAAAUAAACCAAAAAUAAGUUAUUUGGGGAUAAUUAAUACUUCCUCAAACUAUUGAAUCAUCAUACUGACGUAGUAGUCAGGGCUAAUUAGAAUGUAAACCACGGCUGCGUCUUGUAAAUAAAAUAUUUAUUGACCACAA